GCCUUGUUCGCUUCGAAUCAGGUGAAAAUCUUCAUUCGGUCGCAAAACAGUGAAGUGUGUAGAAUUUAAUGGGAAAUUAGGACUGCGAAUAUGACCUUUAAAUUGUUCUGUUUCUGAGAUUCAUCGUAUCGUACAAACGAUUAAACUAGUUUCAAAUGAAAGUCUAAAAUUACAGUGAGAAGAGAAACUGCUUUUUGCAACGAAUCAAAGUGAAAGGUCUCGAUUCCUGUUGAUUUUCCUCAACCCUUCGAACGGGCUCAUCAAGUGACAGAGAGAGUAUCGCCAGUGAAAGGUUUUCACCUCCCUGUUUUGUGAAGGCCCAGAGGCCAACGAAACGGUAAUUUUUAAGGCCAAUUACGCAUACGAACUUAUUAUUAGAAGGGAUCUGCCAGUAUCCUAAGAGUGACUAAUCCUGGGGUCCAGGGCUUGCACUGAUAACUGGUGCUGCUAGUAAUAGUGAUUGCAUCAUGGAUAUAACACUGAUUGUGAAAGCCUCGAACCAGCAGUUCGAGGAUCAAACGAUCAAGUGCGCACCCUCGUGGACUAUUCGACGGCUGAAAGGACAUCUCACGGAAGUUCAUCCCGGUAAACCUAGUACCGACGAACAGAAACUUAUUUACUCUGGCCAGCUGUUGAAUGAUAGCAUUGUAUUACAAGACAUUCUCCGCCACUAUGAAGGUCAGCAAACUCACACCGUACAUCUAGUGUUUACACCGAAAAAUACCCGCCAGCAGAGAGAAUAUAGUUCCGGUACAUCCAGCAACACAAACAAUAGUUUGGAAAGUAUGACUCCGAAGGCUAACAAUGCAAAUGAAAACACACCGUCAACAGCCACCGAAACUGCACGGACAGCAGAGACGGGAACGAGUGCAUCAUUCGGAACAGAUGGUGUGCGACAACGAAACGUAACCAAUACAGCAGGGAACAGUAACGCUGGCGUGUCAAAUAUCCCAAGCCCAAUCUCACCUGUUUCGGCUGACUUCAUCAUGGGACAGCAUCUCGCAAUGCAAAACUGGAUGCAGCAAACUUAUAUGCAAUAUCUGAACCAAUACAUCAAUGUGAUAUCUAAUGGACAGACCAAUCCACCAACGUUGAUUCCAAGUGCCCCAGCAGAUCGCGCAAUGAUAGCUUCACCAAUUCACAACCCUCCGCCAAAUCUAUCAGCAGUUAACGGACCUCCGAAUCCAAUAUUCGCACAAACUUUGUCGAACCUAGCAUACUACCCAUACCUCUCGCCAAUGCCAUCAGCCGGUAGCAUUCCAGCUUCAAUAGCGUCGAAUGGGGCGAUCUCAACCGGACCAGUGCCAACACCUGUCAAUCAAGGAUCAUCUAGUCAAACCACGAUACCAAACAGUGCAAGCUCUCCAAUGCCAUCAUCUUCUGCGAUUGGAGUGAGCGCGGAAACUUCGCCAUCAGCAGCUGCUUCAUCAAAUGUACCUUCGGGCACUGCCACUUCUACCGCUGUUGGAACACCUCAAGCUCAACCCGCGGCAGUUGCGGAGGCGGGCGCUGCCGCAGCUCCCGCGGCAGCAGCAGCCCCGGCUAGAAGGUUUCCUAAUAUUGUGGUCGAGGAGCAAGAAAACCGUGACUGGUUGGACAUUUUCUUCACCUUGUGCCGAGUGGGAAUCCUGAUGACCGUGGUAUAUCUUUACUCGUCUCCGGCAAGAUUCUUAACGGUAGUUUUAGUAGGAGUGUUGCUCUAUCUAUAUCAACUCGGCUUUUUUCGAAACAAUAACACCGAUCGACUGGAACAAGCUCGCAGAAUUGUCGUUCAACAGAUCAACAAUGCUCACGGAGUGAGACCAAAUGUCAUUCCUCGGGCACGAAUGGUUCCUCCCAGGCCGGUUGCUGCGGAUGUAGCAGUUAAUGAUCUUCAAGCGGCACAAAACCCGGUUCCAGCACCUUCAGCUGCUGACACCGUGAAUUCUGCCGAAGUCAUUGAUUCAUCGGAGAAAGACAAUACCAUCGGUAGCUCCAAUUCGGAAACUAUCCCAGAAUCCCAAGAUAAGUCCGCUCAGUCAAUGACUGAAGGAACAUCACCUGCAGACGUUGCGAUUCCAGACGAACAAGAGGACCAAUCAAACCCCGUACAGGAAGAGAACCGCGUGAACUUCAACGACGUAGCCGCUUUCCUGCGAACUUUGGUUCUAUCGUUCUUCACAUCAAUUAUUCCCGAUACGCCGGCUGCCUAGGCUUGAGGACGCGGACAAAUUGAAAUAAGAGAGUAUUUUGGACUGUAAAUAGCAUUGCUAUAACUUCGGCUUUAGUUCUCAUCUAUUCGCACCAACUAUAUUGUUAGAAAUGCUGGUAGUAAAAACAGUUUGUGUAAUGUAAAUAUCAAUUGUACUUUAAUACAAUCUAUUUGUUUCACUUAGUGUUACAGAUAUACAUAAAACAUUUAAAAAAAUCGAGUGCAGAGGACUUCUGAUAAUAUUUCUGCAUUCGCAAUUCAUACACAAACAUAUAUAACGCGCAUCGAAACAAUAGAAUAACUUUUGUAAAGACAUUUUCUAAAUACAGUAACGGACUGAAGUUUCUGCUUUUUAUGUUACACAGCGAGAGCUUUAAUGUUGAGGAUACAAACUUUUGCGACAAAAUUUUGAAUACUAGACCAAAUUCUGUGGUUCUUUUUCGCUAAAAGAAUAGUUAAUGUUUAGAAAUGGAAAUGGCAGACAACCGCUACUCCAGCCGUAAUUGUUUAAAUAAGUUUCGUUUUGUGAUGAUGUUCGGUUCCACAUAGAAAAUCGUUAUGCAUGGGAGAUAUUUUGUGUAUAAUAUUCAAUUAGAAGUGUAAUGUAGGGUUAAACAAUGUUAUCGUUUUCUGAGAAAGAAUAAUAAAAUUAUUUAUGUUCAUACUAGUAAAAA